AUGUCUCCUUUCGUCGAUCCAGUGGCAAAAUUGCUUGGAGAUGCUCCUGCCUUGAUCUUGGAUGGUGCGCUCGCAACAGAGCUCGAGACUCGUGGACUCGAUCUCAGCUCAAAAUUGUGGUCUGCCAAAGCUUUGGAGGAAACACCAGAAGCCAUUUAUGGAGUCCAUCUUGAUUACUUCAGAGCUGGUGCUGAUAUCGCCAUCACUGCAAGCUACCAAGCCACCCCACUCGGUUUAUCACAACACCUCGGCAUGAGCCUCGAGCAGUCCCAGAAGCUCAUCGGUCGUAGCGUGGAGCUCGCUCAACAGGCUCGUGAUACUGUCCUUCAAGAGGAGAAACAGAAGAAUCCUUUGGUCCAACCGAGAAAGCUUCUCAUUGCGGGAAGCGUUGGUCCUUAUGGUGCUUUCCUUGCCAACGGAAGUGAAUACAGGGGUGAUUACCACCUGUCAAACGAUGAGUUCAAGGACUUCCACAGACCUCGCAUCCAAGCUUUGGUGGCAGCCCAUGUGGACAUUUUGGCUUAUGAGACUAUCCCAUCUUUGCCAGAAAUCAAGGCUUUGAUUCAACUGCUCGAGACAGAUUUCCCAGACACACCCGCCUGGCUGGGUGUCACGCUCAGAGAAUCAGAUGCGUCUCUACUGAGUGACGGCUCUUCAAUGUCAGAGGUCAUUGACCUGGUCAACGCUUGCAACCAAAUCGUAGCUGUGGGUGUCAAUUGCAUCCCCGAGCAGAAUGUAUCCGCAGCUCUAGAUUAUCUCAAGCCUUUGACUGAUAAGCCGCUCAUUGUGUACCCAAACUCUGGCGAGACAUGGAACGCAGAAGCCAGAAUGUGGAACGGUCCACGUGUCGAGGGCAAAGAACAUGCCGAGCUGGUUCGAGAGUGGUUUGCAAAAGGCGCCAGACUCAUCGGAGGAUGUUGUCGCACUGGUCCUAAAGACAUCCAGAACACCCGCGAUACCAUUGUGUCUUCCUAA